AUGCCGGAGGGUGGCAUAGGUAGCAGCAAUGAAAACUUUAUUUCUUUCCUCUUUGCGAUCGCGUCGGUGGUUCUUAUUAUUUUGUACAUUCCAUGGAUUAUUGGCAAAAUCGCAAGUAUUUAUGCGUACCGAUCCACGCCUAAGAAAUUACAGGCCUCAAUGGUCAACCCGCUAAGCGAGAUAUGGGAUUCCCUAACCUAUCUGCCUUUGGUUAUAAUGAAAAAUAUACAAGACCCGAUGAUGGUUAUAAGCGGUGCGAAGCUAUGUAUGAAAGAAAAGGUCUUUUUUUUGCGUUGUGUGAUGCCAAAAUUUAUAAAAUACGUCUUUCGUCCGCGUAUUUUCGUGCCACUUGUGUGGUUUGUGUUGUUCUCCUCGACGAUGUACUCCACCCUGACCUUCGACGCCUACGCCAUUCUGGGGUUGCCGAAGUCGUCCUCCACGCUGGAGAUCAAAAAAGCCUAUCGCACUCUCUCAAAGCUCUACCACCCCGAUCUCAACAAAACCGAAGAGGCCCGGGGGAUUUAUCUUCAAGUCCGGCGUGCGUACAAAGCCCUUGUGGAUCGAGAGGCUUUUGAGAAAGAAGAGGCCCAAAAUAUUCAGGAUUACGCCGUCGGCAUCGCCUUACCCCGCUUUAUGACGUCAGGGGAAUACAAUGAGGUGGUGUUGUUUGGCCUGCUGGGCAUCCUGAUUGCGCUACCGGUGGUGGUGUGGUUGAAAUUCAGGGAUAAAAAUGAGAUUCCUAAGCUUUUACACCAAAUUCGUGCCGAUAAGGAGCUGGUGGAGCGCUUUGUGAUGCACUUCGGCAUCCCUGAAGAUCCGAAGUACAUCGAGCGGCGCGAUUCCCGCCGGACCAUCCUGAGCAUCCUCAUCUCUCUUAGAAUAUUCCCUUCUUACGCGAGUGAAAAAGCCGUUUACCACUUCCCGCCGCUUCUGGAUUUUGUUCAGCGGUGCAUCGACUCUGACAACAAUCGAAAUAUGAUACUUGGGCUUGGGUUAAACGAGCAGCACAUUGAAAUUUUACACGCCGCGAUGGUGAACAACGGGGUGGAGAUCGUAGAAAACUUCACGCGCAUGGCCGAAGAACGGAUCGCCAAAAUGUCAGACCCCUCGUGGCCCUCUUCAAACCUACUUACCCAGUCUGAGUACCGGGCCACCCGCUAUUUAUUCAAACAGCACAUAAUCCAGGUGGAUAACGCUCUAAUAAAAUUAUCGGAGGAGUUGGGGGGCGCCAAUCUGCCAAGUGUUAAAAAGCUUUUGAAUCUCCAUCAAGAAAUCUAUGAACUUUUGGAUUUGCUUUACAUCAAGGGCAAUAAAAACAGCAAAAAUCAUAUCGCACAGCUUAUCGAAAUACCGCAGCGCGUUUCGAAUCUGGUGGAUUCAAUUGAACCCGAUGUUCAACUCGUGUAUCGGCGAUACACCAAUCAUAUUAAAAAGCAAAUGAUGCAACAGAAUAAAGCGCGUUCACGGGGACUCAAGACGAACUAA